AUGGCUGCUAUUCCCGCUGACGGAACAUGGUUUGAUACCAUGACCAAGUCCUUCGCUGACGUCCCUAUCGGUGCGGAGGAUGGCAUCUCGACCACCGAGUUCCUCGAGGCCGCUGAGUCGCUGGUGACGCUCUUCGAUGUUCUCGGUUCUGCCGCUUUCACCCCGGUCAAGAAUGACCUGCUCGGCAACAUCAAGAAAGUCCGUGAGCGUCAGCAGGCUGCUCCUGCGGAGUCUGAGACCCUGCAGGCCCUCGUGUUGAACGAAUUGAAGACCGGCAAGCACGUUGCCACUGAAGGUCUGGUCUGGCUGGUCCGAGGCCUCGACUUCACCGUCCAAGCCCUCCGUCACAACAUCGACUCCUCCGCGGAACUCUCUGACUCCUUCCGUGGAGCCUACGGCAACACCCUCAAGCCCCACCACUCCUUCAUCGUCAAGCCCAUCUUCAGUGCUGCCAUGUCUGCCACCCCAUACCGCAAGGACUUCUACGCGAAGCUGGGUCAGGAUCAGGCCAAGGUCGCUGACGCGAUGGCCAAGGAGGUCGCUGCUUUGGAGAAGGUGAUCUCCAUCCUGAAGACUUUCCAGGCUACCAAGCCUGCUCAGUGGAAGUAA